AUGGGCACUCCAGUCAAUGCCCCAUCACAGGCAAAUAUUCGGAAUCACCUAUACCGGCCUCUUCUUGAUGCCGAAUUUCGAGUUGUGCAUGUACUGCCAGGUCAGUUCUCAGACGACAUUCAAUGCGUCAUUGAGACUCGACAUACAAAGAUCAGAUGUCAGUAUGAGGCGCUAUCUUACCAAUGGGGCGACGAGACCAAUCCAAGCUUCAUCAAAGUUGCAUCCAUCAACUCUACAAUGCAAACUCGAGCGGACACUGGACUCAACAGAGCAUCAACACUGUUUAAAAUCGCUGUUAAACGCCUUUGGCACCUAUCUCAACGAUACGCCCUCUCAUUCCGCGUUAGUAUGGUCAUCAUCGCUGCCCCGCCCAUCAUCCGCCUAGAGGGGACAUUGUCUCCCACGUUGAUAAAUAUGUUCACUGCACUGCUGUGUAUUCGCUUCAGUGUAUUUCUCGCAGACACUUUGAUGAAUGGACUCGGUCUUGUUGACGAGGUCUUGGAAACGAAGCCUUGGAUUUUAGCACAUCGUGUCCCAGGUUAUGCUGAGAAUCCUGCCGCUUUUGGAUCAUUGAAGUUUGAGUCUUUGCCAGUAACCAGGAGUCUAGAGCAAGCUCUGCGCCAUCUUCGACGAGAAUAUCGUUCUCGCACCCUCUGGAUCGACGCACUCUGCAUCAAUCAGCACAAUGAGGAUGAAAAAGCGACUGAGAUUCAGAGAAUGGGUUGGAUAUAUGCAAAUGCUUCGCCUGUGGUGAUAUGGAUUGGUCCAUAUCACGACAUUGGACAACAAAACAGCUGCACUACAUGUUUGUCCUUAGUCGGACCGCAUUGUAGGCACAGACAGCAAAUUCAGAAAGCUUUCGACUACGCAGAGUCACUAAAUGUAAGACGUCAUUUUCUCAGGUUAUUCUUUAGCCCACAUCAACCACACAUAUUUCGCGACUGCCGCCCCGGCUUCCUCGAAAUCGCGAACCGAGGCUGGUGGAAGAGGUUAUGGGUAAUACAGGAAGCAUCCUUGGCAACAAGUUUAGUUUUGUUACAGUGCGGUCAUAGUACUUGCGACUUUGGGAAUUUCGUGUCGGCUCAUUCAGCACUACACGUUGAGCACCCUGAUGACGACGAGUUUCGAGACGCCGUUCUUUCCUGUGUCCCUAUGCACAACACAAUUCGAGAUUUUCGGUACUCGUCUCGCCAUGAUCAAGGACGAAUUGCCUUUGACAGAACGCUGCUUGACAAGUGGGUUGUGGAGGCGAUGAGAAAUAUGGUAUACAUCUUUUACCCGGAUAUGUAUGGUGGUGUUGCACCAUUCCAUGAGCAAUCGUUUGCCCACAAACUUAAUCGGAUUCUCCUAAAGACGGCAGGUCUUUUUAAAUGUCGCGAUGAGCGGGAUAGGUUAUAUGCUAUUCUUGGUAUUGCAACCGGCGUCACGACAGGAGAAGUCACCAGAUUAGCGAAUCUGCUAGAGCGGCUCAUCAGAUACUCAACUUACUGGAUAUUGGCACACCCGGAAGACCUGUUGGGGACUUGGGGUAGUUCCAGCCUCUGGCACAAAGUCAUCUUGAGGACUCUGGCCGCUCUAGCAGUGGCCCCUUGGCUACAAUUCUACGAUUUCACUAUAAAACACUGGGCAAUAAAUCGUCCUUACUAUGUCAUAACGAGAGACAAAGACAAUCUUGAUGUCUUGAUGGACAGUGGGAAACAUCUUACUCGUGCGGAAUUCUUCACCAGUCUAGCAGAAUAUCUUGCAAGGGAAACAAAAAGCCUGUCUCUUCUGGAGGCAGCCAACUUUGGGAAAGACAAGGACACAAAUAUGCCAUCCUGGGUACCAAAUUGGUCCAGAAGUGUGGAUGACAAGGCAUACAAUUCGAUCACCCGUCUCAAGACGAGACACUUUAUUGACGUCUUUCAAAUAUCAGCCGACGGGAAGCGUCUCAUACUCCUUGGUCAACCUAAAGGCACGGUAUACACAAACUGGGCGACUGAGCUUGCUAGUGUCCGAACUUCGCCGUGGCGAAGGACAGUAGAGAAGGUUCUUGCUCUCCCUCCUGUGGGGAGAUACAUAUUCAUACGGUGCUUGUGGUGGAUUGUGUUGAUACUACGAAGCAAACCGUAUCUCAUGCUGGACAGGUCUGAGAAGGCUCUACUAGCCAUGGCCUACAGAUUGAUGAACCAAUGGCUAGACCUUGGUGGAUUCUGGCUGGCAAAUGGAGGAACAUCACCCGUACGUAUCCGGGAUGGCGGCAAUCGUCUUAUGGGGACGAUAGCAGCUGGUGAGGCAAAUCCAGGGGAUACCAUUGUAUCUGUGCCAGGUUGCUUCAACUGGUUGGUAUUGCGGGGAGGACAAAAACGUCCGAAUGGAAUGAGGCGUUGGAAGCUGGUUGGGCUUGUCCAUGUAGGGGCUCGUAAUGAGGCUAAAGGCGCAGGACAAACCUGGGGUUACUCUAGAAGUAAGUGGACUUCGUUAGUAGACAAAGGUCUCUUCCGAGUGUACGAAGUCAUAUAA